CCAAGAGCCAGCUUCACCCUCCGUACUUCAUUCAAGACACAUGGCUCUGCUCCGGCAGUAUUUCUGGCUCUGGCUGGCUCUGGGGAUCGGCUUCGUCUCUCUGAUCCUCGGGCUCCUUCUCACCCUUCUCUGCUGGUGCAUCUUCAAAAGAGGCCAGGUUGACUACUCUCUAGAGAACAGUACUAGUGAAUACAAGUUUAAAGUUCGUGAUCACCACCCAGAGUUGCCUCCGUUACCCCCCAGAAACAUUGUGUAUCCAGCACAGCUGCACGGUGCUCAGGGCCAGUCUACUUUCUGUCCAGAGAACAGUACUAGUGAAUACAAGUUUAAAGUUCGUGAUCACCACCCAGAAUUGCCUCCGUUACCUCCCAGAAACAUUGUGUAUCCAGCACAGCCGCAUGGUGCGCAGGAUAUGCAACAGCAGACUUUUCGCCACCAGCCAGAGUCCAAUCCUGGUAAGCAACAGCAGGGUCUUUCUCCUCAGCGGAGUCUUUCUCCUCAGCAGAAGUCUAGCCCAGACUCAGAGCUGCACAAGAACGAGGUUGCCAAGGAGACGGAUCCGACCUACCUGGAUGUGUUCGAUGUGCCAGAGCUUGACUAUGAUGACGUCAUGGCUCUAGUCUUUGUCAGUGAGGACUAUGAUGACACUGAGAACCAGCCACCAGCCCGGGGAUUCGCAAAGUGAGCUGGGCUGCACAGAGACAGAGUCGAGCGGCUGGUCAUGUACUGCUCCUGAUGCAAACAGCAGGAUUUAUACAAUUAGGGCUCACACAUGUGUGCAUGCAAACACAUUGCAACAUGUCAUAAUGAAUGGUGAAGCUUAAAGACCAGCAUGGUCAGUUUCAAAUACAGAUGGUAGAUCACCAUGAUACUGAAAUUGAAUCUCACCAGUAUUACAGUGUAAGCCCCUUAACAUCAUCCUAGCUGUCUUUCAGUUCUGAAGACUAAUAAAUAUUUUCCUAUUGCUCAUUUUUUUCUGAAGCUUAGAAAACUUUGUACUAGGCAAAAUCAUCAUAGAUAUUACAUUUUGUAUAUGGCUUGCUGUAAAAGGUUGUAUCGAUUCAAUGUUUUUCAAUGCAUAUUUUGUGUACCUGUAUAUAAGUAUAUAUUUAUUUUAACCUUACCUGUACUCUCUUUAAAUACUAGCAAUAUAUUUGAACAUGUCAUUUAAACAGAGAUGUAUGGAAAGGCACAGAGUAGAGAUUGGGAGCAGAGAGUAGAGUAUCAUUUGUGACAGCUGUAUUUUCUCUGCUACAUCCACCUUACAGUAUUAUGGGCUCAGCUUUGGGUGCCGCUGUUGUAAUACAAGCUGCUUGUCUGUGGAGUUCUUGGGUGGGGUCCUCACUAGGGGUGUCUGAUGUCACUGGGGCUCUUCUUCAGUCAGUAUGUUUGGAACGCCUGUUUCUGAUCAUUGUUCAUAAUUGAUAACGAAUCUCUUUUGUGCACACUGGUUUCAUGGCACAGAUGGAAAUGCAGCAUUAGAUCUUCAAUGUUACAUAUAGCUCAGACUCAGAUACAACAUUGUUCUUGAAUUGUGAUUGCAUUGCCUUUAAUAAUUCACGUUAAUGUGUUUGUCUUUAGUGCAUGAGCUUUCUAAAAACAUGGCAUUUAGAGUUGAAUACAAUAGAAAUGAAUGAAAACUGUCUGCCUGUUGAAGUAACUUUUCAUAAAUCUUACCGAUUAACAAGAACAUAAGAAAAGUCUGAGAACGAGAAA